ACACAUGCUUUCUGCGCCCCUUCCUUCCCUCUCCUUCCUCCCCAAGAAAAAGGAAACGCGGCGAGCAACAACCUCCGCCGCCGCGCACCCACGCCCACGGCCCGCGCCCUCGUAUGAGUGAAGAACCCCGCGCCUUCCCCUCGGCGAGCACGGUCGGAGGAGACUAGAGGAGCAGGCGGUGUCGCGGAGGAGGGCGAUGGUGCUGCCGCUGGUGAAGCUCGGCUCGCUCGCGUUCCGGACGCUGAGCAAGCCCAUCGCGGCCCGCCUCAAGCACAACGCCGGCAUCCACCCCAAGUUCCGCGGCUUCAUCAUCGGCAUCGCGCAGGCAAACCAUCGUUUCACAACAAAUAUGCAGAGGCGACUUUAUGGACGUGCAACUGACAUUCACAUUCGGCCCCUGAAUGAGGAGAAAGCUAUUCAAGCUGCUGCAGAUCUUCUUGGCGAGCUGUUUGUUUUCUCGGUUGCUGGUGCUGCAAUUAUCUAUGAGGUGCAAAGAAGUGCUAGGUCAGAAGCAAAGAAAGAGGAGGCCCGUAAGCAGGAAAUGGAGGCGAUAAAGAAAAGGGAGGAACAACUAGCCAUGGAAGUGCAGCUCAUGAAACAGAAGGUUAGCGAGAUGGAGCGGCAGUUCUCGAAGUGGACUCGUCCGGGGUUCCGCGGCUUCGGCACUGCCCAGGCGGCAGCACAGCCUGCUGCUGCUGGUACUCAGCAGCCAACAGCUGCUUAGUCGCUCUACUGCUGCAACUGUCCAUAGCUCGCCGUCCUGCAUUCUGAACGGCUGACUGCAGACUGCCUCUGCUUCCCUUGCAUUACUCGGUUACAUUGAUUCGACAGGAGUUGCCCACAAGAGGCUGAAGGUUUUGUAGCAUACAUUGCGUAUACUGGAUAGUGAAUAGUACUCGAGAGGAAUUGGAACCGAGUCGAAGUAGUUAUUAGCGGUUCAGAUUUUUGGUGACGUGACAUUCAGUUCAAAGUUUUGACAUGCCCAGGAAAAUAUCUUGGAGCUGAGGAGCUGUUGGUGUUGUGUCGUACCUGCAUCUCGUGAUAUUUCACAUUUACAGUGGGUUCUUGUUCGAAUCUGGUCAGGUACAUUUUUUUUCCGGAUGUUUCUAUCCUUAAUCUGGUCAGGUAC